CGACAAAUAUAAUUUCUAAAGCUUCCUCACAUUACGAGAAUAUAUUUUUCACGGUUCUGAUAAAUAUUUGGAAAGCCUGUGCAAAUUUGAUUAUCGGCCGAUUUCUGUUCAUCGUUACAUCAAUUCUGUAAAGAAGAAAUAUUUUAAUUGAUAAAAAAAAUGGCUAGUUUCAAAAUUUCCGCACCAGGAAGAAUUGUCUUAUCCGGAGAACACACAGCAGCAUAUGGAAAAUAUUAUAUUGCGACCAGCUUAAAUCUCCGUACCACUCUCGAAUUCUACGAACUACCUAAUACGCUACAAAAUUUUAGGAUUGAAUUCCCUAAUGUUAAUCUAACACGAAAUAUAUCUUUAGAAUUAGUUACACGCUUUUUUUCGCUUCCAAAUAUUGAAGACAUUGUUUCAAAUCCAGUCAAAUUGCUUGAAUACGUGAAAUACUUUACCACUCUAAACGGUAUGUGGAUGAUACACGAGCAGAGAUUUAGCUUACAAAUAUUUUUUUCAUGCUUUAUUCUAUCACUCACUGGGAAAAACUCAAGAUAAAAUCUUUUUACAUAAAAGUGUCCACGGAAUUACCCGUUGCCAAUGGACUUGGUAGUUCGACAUCGUUCGCGGUUUGUCUCGCAGGAUGCUUUCUCCAUUGGCAGCGUUUACAGAGUGGCUGUAAUCAUAUUGAAUUUAACAAUGCUGAAUUAGAGUCGAUUAUAAAAUACACUGUGUCCUGCGAAAAAAAUAUGCAAGACUAUGUAUAUGCGGAAUUCGAUGCCCAUGUUUGCACAUACGGCCAUAUAGUAAGAUGUCGACGUAUCGAUCACAUGUUAUAUGAUAUAGAUUCCUCGGAUUUGAUAGAAAUGUAUAUUCUACUGAUCGAUUCAACUAUUAGUAUAAAUAAAUGCAUGCGAGAGGAACAAGUAGCAUAUCUGUGCAAUAAUUCUUCCGACUUUAAUAUUAAAUUAGAUGAAUUAAACAUCGUGGCAGGAGAAAUGUAUAAUAAUCUUAUAUCACUAAGUAAUGCUAUCAGAGAAGGCCAUUUGGACUAUAUAACAAUAUUGUUUAAUAUGAUCAGGUCAUGCGUUGAGAAGAAUCACACAUUAUUAACUGAAUAUCGUUUGUCGGUUGUGGCAUUUGAUUUGAUUUGCCAGAAUGCAAAAAAGUUUGGAUUCGCGGGAAAACUUACAGGUUUUACUACUGUGUAUGCAUACAUUCUGCUACCACAGAACGUUAAAAUUGAUGACGAAAUAACGAGUUUAACGGCGUACAUGACACAAAGGACUUUCAGAGUCUCAAAAAGGAUCAAAAUUAAUUGUGAAGGAGUGAGAAUUGUUAAUUGAUUAUAUUAAAAUGAUUGCGAUUAUAAAUGUUUAUAUUAAAGAUAGCUUAAAGAUUUCUUAAUAACUUCGCGUCGUAUUGAAUUAUGAAAUCAUAGAUGAAAAAUCAUUGAAUAUUUUUCUUGUAAAAUAUAUGGAAAAGUAUUAAUUUCUUUGUAUUCUAUCUUAGUUUAGUUUAAAAAUAUAAGCGAUGCUGCGUUGACAUAAUGCGCUAUAGUAA